UAUUUUAUACAUUGCCUACAAAUAUAUUAAAACAAAUUUAUGAUAAAUAUACACCAAUAGACAAUCCAGAGAUUAAAAAACAAUUUUGGAAUGAGAUAAUAGAAGAAAUGAUUAGAUUUUCUAAAGAACUUCAAGUUCAUAUAAAUGAAGUUUUAAGAAAAGAAACUGGAUAUUCUUAUAUGGCUAAUGCAACAAAUUUUUAUCGAACUGUUACAACAGAUAUAAUAUGGUCAGUACUAGGAUUUAAAGAUCAAAAAGAAAUUUCGAUGAAUGAUGAAAAAAGUAUUGAAUAG